AUGCUGUUUGAUCCUGACUUCUUUGAUCCUCCCCUUCUUCCAGUGCUCUCCUCUUAUCUCCUGAUUAGACAGAUGAUGUGGAGACACUCUGCACAUGUUCAAUUUAGUGUGUUUUUUUUUUUCUUGGGAGAAUUCAUGUGAUUAGCACAUGGCCAAUCAGCACUGUCCAGACAGAUGUCAGGGAUUCUGCAUCCUCCUAGAGCAAAAUGAAAACUCCUCCUCCUACAAGCUUUAACCAGUGCUCUGCUGGACACUGAUAGAAGUCACAAGACUGCUCUAACUGCUGAUGAAAAAAGGUAUUUAGCAGAUUAUAUUUACUAAAAUAA